GCAUAAUUCAAUCUUCUUGUGUGUUUUUGCUAGUUGUAUCCUUGAUUAUGCUACUGUUAUGUAUUGGAAUUUCGAUGAUAUCGCUUCCUCUUGCUGGUUUCCCCUAUUUUUUGUCCGCUGCUGCUACUGUUUUUCAUUCCCUGUAAUUGGCGUGAUGGAGUUUCGAAAGUCAGGGAUGCUUUUGAGUUGAGGACCGAUUUACUCUGGAUUGAAGCUGUUUUGUUGCUAGUUGAAUUGGUGAUAGCUUCAAUUAAUAUUUUUAAGGAGUAGCGGAAGAUUUUUGGGAUUCUGAACGGAAAGUUUUGCACUUAUUUGGGUUCUUGUUAUCGUUCCGGUCUAGUAAGAAUCUCCGUAUGGAAAACUUAUCUUGGACGUGAUUCUAUUUAUCAUUUGGUUUACUUGAAUUGUAAGUGCGAUGCUGGGAAUUGGCAAUCUAUCAAAGGAUUACCGUCAUUGUUCCUUUUUAUUCAUAUAAAUUCCCUAUAUUUAAAUUUUACGUUUUUAAGCUCAUCUUCCAAGGGAAAGGGAUGUGUGAAAUUUUGAUUCUGCAGAUCCUCUGCAUUCUUACAUGGAAGAGGCUAAUGCUCUGCAAUAUAUCAUAUUUAGUCUCUUAAGCAUUUAAUGUUGAGUUGAAUAUUCUGAUCUCGAUAAGAAUUCCAUCCUAGCUCUAGUCUUGAAUUGCUUCAUGAGCCCAACUUUCAUGCAGAAGCAACUUCACAUUUCUUUGGCGGGAUUUUGGUUGGAGAUGACGGGGAAAGGAGAUUUUAUGGAGGGAUGAUGAAAAUGUCGGAGUCCUAAAGACUUUAGCAUUCUCUGGUGUUUUUGAAAAAUCGAUUUCAUUUUAGUUUAUGCUCUGAAAGCACUUUUUGACUUGAAUUCGAUUUUUCAGGGAGGGCGUGGAUCAUCCUACUUCGAUUAAGAUAGUCAAGGAUUCGUGAAGAAGGAACUCCUUAAAUCAGCGUUAUAAAAUCUCACUACAGGUUGGUUCUGGGACUGGGCCGGCCUCCAAGGGCAUAUGAUAAUGAAUUCUUCAAUCUUGGGUCUAAAAAGAGGAAGGAAAGAGACAGCGCGUUUCCACAGUGCAUGCAAUCUGACAGUGAUUCAAUCCUUCAACUUGGUCUUUCUGGAGGAACUUAUGAGGCAUCAUGUAUUCUGGACUGUUCAGGUUCAUCUGAGAAUGAAGCAAAUUUGUCCUGUCUUUCAAGCCAAACAUCUGCUGAAAAUAGCUAUCCAAAGCUUCCUGUUGUUGAUGAGGGUUCCACCUCGGCAAAGAAAUCAGGUAGCUACAUGGGUUCACUUCUACUGGCUCCAAAAACAGAUACUGCUAAAAGUUUAUUGCUGACACAAGAACCAUCUGAUGCUAAAAAUUGCUCACUUGGCCCGUCAUUAUCAGAGAAUCGAAUGAGCAACUUCAAGAGAUGUAAUUUUCUUGGAUGUAUGAAAGGCGCUCGAGGUGCUUCGGGAUUUUGCAUAGGACACGGGGGCGGACAGCGAUGUCAGAAGCCAGGCUGCGAUAAGGGUGCUGAGAGCCGCACGGUUUAUUGCAAGGCUCAUGGUGGAGGGAGAAGAUGCCAACAUCUGGGCUGCACUAAAAGUGCUGAGGGGAAAACAGAUCACUGCAUAGCCCAUGGUGGUGGCAGGAGAUGUGAACAUCCAAGCGGGUGCACCAAGGCUGCAAGAGGCAAGUCAGGACUCUGCAUAAGACAUGGAGGAGGCAAGAGAUGCAAGAUCGAAGGGUGCACUAGAAGUGCUGAGGGGAAGGCGGGGUUGUGCAUCUCUCAUGGGGGUGGGCGCCGGUGUCAGUACCAAGGAUGCACAAAAGGUUCCCAAGGAAGCACCACGCUCUGUAAGGCACACGGUGGUGGAAAGCGUUGCUCGUUUGCAGGUUGCACCAAAGGGGCUGAGGGGAGCACACCACUAUGCAAGGCACAUGGAGGAGGAAAGCGCUGCCUCUUCAAUGGAGGUGGUAUAUGCCCCAAGAGUGUCCAUGGAGGCACCAACUUUUGUGUUGCCCAUGGCGGUGGGAAGAGGUGUGCUGUGCCUGGCUGUACCAGGAGUGCCCGUGGCCGAACUGAUUGUUGUGUUAGGCAUGGCGGGGGUAAGCGAUGCAAGCUCGCAGGUUGUGGGAAGAGUGCUCAGGGAAGCACGGAUUUCUGCAAGGCCCAUGGUGGUGGAAAGAGAUGUGUCUGGGGGGAUGGUAAGUGUGAGAAAUUCGCAAGGGGUAAGAGUGGCCUCUGUGCUGCUCACAGUAACUUGAUGAUGCAGGGGAGGGAAAUCAACAAAGGAAGUCUGUUCAAUUCAAGACUCUUUCAUGGUCUUGUACCUUCUGCUUCCAUCGCUCGUAGUGGUUCUGAGAACAACAAUUCCUCCUCGGGGGUCACUGUUGUUUCUGGGCACAACGAUUCUACGAAAGAGCCAGAAAAACUGCAGUAUCUUAUACCAGAGGAAGUGUUGGUUCCGCUCUCAAUGAAGUCAUCAUCUUCUCUUCCGCUGUUCUUGGCUACCGAGAAGCCAAAGGAAGGUAGAAACAAGGAUAAUUUGGAGAAAGACAUUAAUUUUGAUAUCCCAGAAGGCAGGGUUCAUGGUGGUGACUUGAUGUUACAUCUUGGUGGAAAUUUCAAGAAUGCAGCCACUGUAAUCUGGAGGGACCCAGUUGGCUCAAGUGUGUAAAUUCAUUUUAGGAAUUAGGAACAUGUUUAUCCUCAAAUUGUGAAUAAGGUUUCUGCUGCUUGUUCAGUAUCUCAUGUAAGUAUAGUGUUGAUUGGUGGGUUGCUAGGAUAUUGUUUGUGGUUUGAUCUAUGUCUUCCAUUCUUGAAUAAGGUCGUGUCAGACAGCAGCACAAUGUUGAGAUACUUGGCUAAACUAAUUAGCCAAGUUAGUUGACACAUUAAAAGGGAUGGUCCCUUUUAAUAAAAAACUGUACCUUAAAAUUAUCAAUGUUAUGUAUAAGUAUCAUUCUGUUCGUUCUA